AUGGCAAAUGAUAAAGCUUCAAGUUCUAUAUUAAACCCAACACCAUAUGUUUCAUCUGAUAAUGAAAAAGAUAUUACAAUUCAAGAUUAUAAAGAUAUUGAAAAUCAUGAAGAAACUGACUUAGAUUCACAGCAAAAUCAAAUAGAUUAUGAAGAAACUAACAUAGAUCUAUAG